ACGCUAAUAUCUUUAGUUCGAUAUUCAAUUAUGAAAAAUAUAGUAGUCAGUCUUUUGUUGGUAAUUUGCCUAGUGGGAAAACACCAGAUCAACGCUAAAAGUGUGCUGAAUAGUACCUUGGGCAACGAAAUUGGUAAGGAUUCCUCCACUUUGGGUGAUCAAUUGGGACAAGAGAUCAUUCAAUUUGGCCAAGCAGGCGCCCAAAGCAUCUUAAAUUAUGGAUCAGCAGCGGAAAAUGCCUCAUCAGGUUGGCAACUUGGAAUGGAUGGCAAUAUUCUUGGUCACGAAUUGGGAGAAGAGGGCACUUUACUAGGACAAGAGGCUUCCAACAGUGCCAUUAACUUUGGACACCUACUCGCCCAGGAAGCGGCAGCUAAUGAAGAACGUCAAUCUGCCAGCCAAAAAACUAAGAAAUCUGUUUCCAAGAGGGAAAUCGUAAGUGGCUCUGAAAAUCCUGCGGUUACCUGUGCUUGCACCUGCUAUAAUGAUGGAUCUAUUGACAAAGCCGCAGAAAAGGUAGCAGAAUCUGCCGGAAACGCAGCACAUGAUGUGGCCGGCGCUGCUGGAAGUGUGGCCUCGAGUGUGGCUGUUGCCGCUGGAAAUGUUGCUCACGAUGCUGCCGGUGCGGCCUCGAGUGUCGCUGGAAGUGCAGCGAAUGCUGCUGGAAGUGCUGCAAGUGCAGCGGGAAGCGUAGCUGGAAGUGCAGUAAGUGCCGCUGGGACUGUUGCUCACGAUGCUGCCAGUGCGGCCUCGAGUGUCGCAAAUGCUGCUGGAAAUGUGGCUGGAAGUGCAGCAAAAGCCGCUGGAAAUGUGGCUGGAAGUGCAGCAAAUGCCGUUGGAAAUGUUGCUGGAGAUGUUGCAAAUGCAGCUGGAAACGUUGCCGGUGAUGUUGCAAAUGCAGCUGGAAAUGUUGCUGGAAGCGCAGCAAAUGCCGCUGGAAAUGUUGCCGGAGACGCAGCAAAUGCAGCUGGAAACGUUGCGGGAGAUGUUGCAAAUGCAGCUGGAAAUAUUGCACAUGAUGCCGGAAAUGUAGCUGGAGACGUUGCAAGUGCAGCAGGAAAUGUUGCCGGUGAUGUUGCAAACGCUGCUGGAAAUGUUGCUGGAGAUGUUGCAAAUGCUGCUGGAAAUAUUUUCCACUCCAUAUUUUAGAGUACUCCUGUAUAUUUUUACUCAUUUAGGCCAAUAAAUGAACGAGCAAU